UCGCAUCAUGUCGCACACUAUGCGCUGCACUCUGGUGGUCUGCGUGGCAUUGGCUCUCUUUGCCGCAGGCUGCAACGUGGAGGCAUCCAAAACCCGUCCGCCACGCAACAAUGACAUCAGCACCAUGGCCGAUGCCUUGAAGUAUCUGCAGGACCUGGACGUUUAUUAUGGAGACAGAGCGCGCGUUAGAUUUGGCAAACGUGGAUCUCUGAUGCAGUUACUCCGCAAUCGAAUGCUCGAGAAUGCCAGCAACAACAACAACAACAACGAGAUUAUCUCCGACACCAAUGGCAAUGGGGAUAUAAUGCACUCUGGUGGCGAGGAGGAACCAUUUUAAUAAUAAUGCAAUGGAAAAUUGAAAAACUGCAGGCGCAGAAAAUAGUCUUAUAUGCUGUUAAAUAAUUUUGGAGCAAUUGUUUAAUUAUAUACAUAUAUAGAAAAUUGCUUGAAGUUGCAAAUAAAUAAUUUGACGUUGAAUGUUUAAAAUACUGUUCACUGUUCAAUGCAAAUCGUCCAUGAAUAAAAUGGCAACAAAUUACAUUUUUC